UUGUCUUCCUUAAUCUGCAUUUUGUCUAACUAAUUUUUAUCUGGUACAUAUGUCAAGCAAGCCAGAGUUUAUCUUCUUGACACCAUGCAUUUUGAAGAUGCAUCUGGACUGAAGUGGAGAAGGAAAUGCUAGCUCUAGGCAGCAGAUUACAAGUGCCUUUGAGCAGAAGUAUGGUGCCUCUACUUUCAGUGGAGGAAGUGGAGGACAUGGAUUCAGGGAUCUAGUUUGGCACACCAUGUUUGAAAAGGAUAAGAGAAAACUUAUUUAGGGUAGACUCCUUAGAUGUUGUUCUCCAGGUUUUGGAUGCUACAUGUUAGGGACCUGCAAGGUACACGAUGCCCUCAUCUAGAGAAGCAUUUGAAAGAAAACUUUCUCCCUUUUCACUGUGAGAUUGUUUAUGCUUGGGCUAAAAGGGAUGGCUUAGAAUAUUAUGAAAGCAUUUCAUGCUUGCAUCAAUAGGUCUUUUUGCAAGGUUUGCAAAGUUGCUCGAUUCCUGGGUAGACUAAGUUGUGGCAGUACAUAACCCUCACAAAAAGGAUCUCGAUUGACUACCCUGGAGUUGUUUACCAGAACAGUGACUCUGAAACAAAUAUUGUACUGAAGGGUAUGCUAUGUUCGAUCAGCUAAUUGCCUGCACUUUCUUCUGCCCUUCACAAUAGUGAGGCAAUGUUAGGUGUCACAAACUUGGAGGAUGCUUUUGAACAUAUUGGAGAAGUUCUGAAGUGUGUAAAGAACAAGCACCUUGAAGAAGCAUGUUAGAUGAAGGACUGGGUGGUGAACCAGAGAUAAUGAUUGCAACAAAGAUGGUCCUCCAUGAUUGGCAAAUGAAAGAGGCAGAUUGCUCUUUCUUGUUCCUCCCUCAUCAAUGGGAGGAUGGCUUGUUAGAAUCACAUACUAUGCAUGGAAUAGAUAAAGAGACGGUGGCUAAUGAUAGUCAAGCGUACCUGCAGCAUCACGUGAAGCCAUCACAAAUGUAAUCUCAUCCCAGUAGCAAAGAAGUUUACCAAUGCAAAGGGAUCUCUAUUCUCUUUAGUGAGAAAGAACUAAAUGAUGAGACAGCCAACGAAGUCCCUAAAUGAUGAUGAAACUGGAGAUCAAAAAAGGCUAAUGAGAGGGAGAUACCAAGUUGCAUCAGCUGGGCUAGACGUAUGCUUGGAAGAAAACAUGGCUCUCUUUUUGUAGUUAGGAAUUAUUGUUUUCACAUCCAGCAUAUUUUUGUUCUUCCAAGAUGAUGAGUUCUAGUUAUUUAUUAUGUGAAAUUAUCCCUGAAUAUUCUGGGAUUUGAUCCAUGGAGGCAUGGAGUGACAGUUAGUAGGAUACACAUGGAAAGAUGAAUCAACAUUCAGAAACAGGGUGGCCCAGGGUAAUGAAAAAAAUCAUUCAAGUUUUUCCCAUGAUGGUUGAGCUGUUCUCAUCAUCACUUGCUGCUAGUUUAUUUGUUAGAAUCAAAAUUUGUAAUAGAUUUUUAUUUUUAGG